CUCAAGUCUCCGAUUGCACGCCGGCGAGUUAACUCAGUCGUACUACUGAAAGCCACGGAGACGUGAUUUCUGGUCUCUGAGCCAUCAUUGAAGCCCUCAUUUUGUUCGCCGGAGGAUCGUAGGAGAUGACGUCGGGGACGAGGAUGCCGACAUGGAAGGAGAGGGAGAACAACAAGCGGAGAGAGCGGCGGCGGAGGGCCAUAGCGGCCAAAAUUUUCGCCGGACUCAGACUGUACGGAAACUACCAUCUCCCCAAGCACUGUGACAACAAUGAGGUCCUCAAAGCCCUCUGCAACGAGGCCGGCUGGACCGUCGAGCUCGACGGCACCACCUACCGCAAGGGAUGUAGACCUGUGGAAAGCACAGAUUUUCUAGGUGGCUCUACCUCAGCUAGCACCUGCUCUUCUUACCAGACAAGCCCCUGCACUUCCUACAACCCAAGUCCAGCCUCCUCUUCCAUGCCAAGUCCAGCGUCUUCCUCUUAUGUCGCUAAUGCCAGCGUGGAAGGGAAUUCCCUUAUCCCGUGGCUCAGAAACCUCUCAUCUGGAUCGUCAUCAGCUUCCUCCUCCAAGUUUCCUCAUUUCUAUCUCCAUGGAGGCUCCAUAAGUGCUCCUGUCACCCCUCCCUUGAGCUCCCCAACUGGCAAGACCCCCAGAAUAAGAAGUGAUUGGAAUGGUCCUUCUGCCUGUGUUGGCUGGGGUGGACCACACUACUCUUUCCUUCCUUCAUCGACACCUGUAAGCCCUAGCCGCCAGACCCAUCCUCCUCAUUCAGAAUGGCUUGCUGGGAUACAAAUCCCACAUGGUGGGGCAACUUCUCCAACUUAUAAUCUUGUCUCUCCCAAUCCACUGGGCUUCAAAGCCCAGACUCUGCCCCAUCAUCGCGGAUCUCUCAUUUCCACUCCUGGACAGAGUGGGACAUGUUCACCUGCUAUUGCCGCAGGCUUUGAUCACACUGCUGACGUUCCAAUGGCUGAAGCUGUCUCAGAUGAAUUUGCAUUCGGGAGCAACACAGCAGGCUUUGUGAAGCCCUGGGAAGGGGAGAGGAUUCACGAGGACUGUGGUCCAGAUGACCUCGAGCUCACCCUCGGGAGCUCUAAGACCAGGUGAAGAUUGAGAAUGGAACAAAAACAGAAGUUGUGUGGAUGUGAUAACUGAAUUAAAGACAAGAUGUUGAGACAAGGACAUCAACUGGAUGAACAUGCUGCUGUCUAAGUUAAUCCAACAUGUUUCAUGGUUUGUUGUAUUCUUAUGUUCUUCCUAAGCCUACCCACCCUUCAACCCCUCCCCCCUCCACCACCAGACAUUUUCUUUCUUGCAUUAUUAUGUAAAUUUCUCCAGGUUGCACUUAUUUAACUAUAUAUUUCGGAGUAUAUUAUUUUAAUACAAAAUAUAUGUAUUUUCCACA